CAGUUUCAUUCGUAUCUUGGCCCGGCCUUCGACCGACGGAUUAAUUGUCUCCCUUCCAAGCAUUAUUUUCGAUAUUAAUGUCUGUUAUUAGUCUUCACUCCGACCACGGUCCCGUCUCCCACAGAUUCUAGAUCGAACAGCACUAGAUCCUUGGAUCGAUCCAACACACGCGGCCAGACAAAAUGAACUGUGCAGUGAAAGUGCUCACGGGGAUCUUCUUUGAUGUGUUGGGCUGUUUCUAUUUUCCGAUCGCCAACCUGGCAUCCAUGUCCAUAAGCAUAGGACUUUGGGGGAGAAAGCCCCAAGCAAUUCACGGAAGGGAGGGGAAUUGGAAUGCUGGCUGGCCUAACUCGAUCAAACUAGAAUAUCAUGCGGUCGCAGAGGCGAGUCCCACCGGAAGAAUUGAUAGCUGAGUCCGAGUCGGGCCCACCAGUCACAAUUACAAUUUGCC